ACGAUGGAGCAUCUGGUGCGAUAUCUCUCUGUUCUUAGCGUUCUUUUGGCGUGUGUUACUCUAACAGAUGCACAAGCAGCAUGUCAAAACAACCCGUGCAAUAACGGUGCACAAUGCCAAGAAGCUAUCCUGGAUCCUGGAUACGUAUGCCUGUGCUCGGUAGACUGGAUUGGUAGACAUUGUGAUCAAAACGCGCAACAAUACUUUACACUUAUCCACUCGAAGUACGAGUUUAGUCCAUGCAGUCGGGUGUUCUUCGGCACUUCUGGUGUCAUAACCUCUCCGAAUUGGCCGAGCGAGGCUGGGACAAACGAAGCGUGUGCGUAUUCUGUGAGGAUACCAACAGCUACGACCAUCACCUUAAAUUUGCACUUUUUUAGUAGUGAACCUUUUAAGGACGCGCUCUACUAUACCGCUGGUCCUGAUUUUGAUAUACUAGACAUUGACAGAGAGUUCAACGGCAAUAAUACUAAUCAACUCGGAAUUAUACAGCUGAUUGGGGUCAACCAAGUUACCUUUGUGUGGGAAUCCGAUCAUAACAUACUAAGCAAAGGGUUCAACAUAUCCUACGGCAUCCAAUCUGACCCCUGCUUCCAGAACUUAUGUGCAAAUGGCGCCACCUGCCAACCAGAUGGGCUUCGAUAUACCUGCGACUGCCCAAUUCAGUACAGUGGAACGUAUUGCAGCCAAGUGGUGGUUCUGGUGCAAAGUACACUUCCUGUAUUGACUUCUGGUGCUCAGGUUAUUGAAGGAAGAUCACUCCAAACAGUCCAGUUCAACCUCCAGUUAACCCCCUCAUUGCGGUCCAUUGGGAAUGUGAUUGGAACUGGGUUGUGGCGUGUCAACACAUUCCUAAGCGGUAGCCCUACUGGAGCUGGGCCACGACUGAACGUGGUAGGUAACGUGGUAGAUCUCAACUCGGAGCAGAGCAGCGUUCCGUGGAUUCCGACGUCUCUGACGGUGAUUGGCAACAUCCGGGGAGAUUUUAACACAAACCAGGUGUCGUGCUUGCAGAUGCGUUACCUGUGUGCAACGAUCGAACGUGGUGGAAAUCCGAGUGUGGAUUUCACAAUUGCUGGUGAUCCUACUGAUCAGUCACUACUUGGCUGUGCCCCCCUCUCAUGCGUGGGAGUGGAAAUCAUCUUUACUCGCUUGACAAUCACAUCAGGGGGUACCUUGCGUGAAGGAUAUCUUUCCCCAAAUAUCGGCUUUGAUAUAAACAUGUCUCCAAGGGCAUCGGCAGGAAGUGUGUCCGGCUCCAACUUGUGGAACGUAACCAUCUUUGGCAGUGCUAACAGUAAUGGAUUGGGACCAAGGGUUGGUGAAACCGUGGUGGUUCUGAAUCAACAACAAGCCGGGGCAGACGUGGUACUUGGGCAAGAUACUGUCCUGCAAGGAAUCAACACGCGGUGGAAUCUGAAUUCGGGCGUCAGGUGUGCUGAGAUUCCUUACUUCUGCGCCCUGGUGGAAAAGCACAAUAACCCUAGCCCAGAUUUCUUCUUGUCCCAGCCACCGGAGAUCGCAUGCCAAGCGAUAACAUGCAGAGGUGUGGAAGUGACGAGCACCUCCAUUUCUCUUAGCAAUGGCAACCCCAUCAUCGAACGAGAUAACGCACAUCAGGUGACCUUUAACCUUGGAAUAAACACUCAUACUGAAGGAGGAAGAGUAAUCGGGGAUGCUCUAUGGGAAGUCAGAAUUUAUUACAGCACGAGUGAUGUAAUAAACAAUGGUCUUUCCCCCACAUCCUUGGUCGAAUUGACAGAGUUUCAAGCUGGGAUAGACAUCAUUACACCAGGAAGUCCGACCACUCUGAGCGGUGUCUCUGGAACACUGAAUUUGAAUUCCGCACUCUGUAGGAACAACCAUUUCACAUGUGCCGUUCUCUCAAGGAAUCCACUGUCUAACCCUACUUUCACGCUUUCACCAGCUCCUGGACUAGAUGAUAGUGUGCUGACAUCAUGUGCUCCAGUCCAAUGCCAAGGAGUUGUUAUCAACAAUGUGGACUUCAAUGUUCAGUCAAGUCAACCUCUCCAAGCGAGCUCUUCAAACAACCUUCUUAAUUUCAAUUUCUUGGCCAAUUCCCUAGCCUCUGGGGCCAGUGUCUCUGGGCAAAACCUCUGGCAGCUGGAAAUCUUUGCCAACACGCUUGGUAGCGGCCAGGGAACCACAAGCCUCCUCCAAACCGUGAACCUGCCCUCGGGGCUUGGCGAUACAACUCUUUUGGCAGGGAGCUCCCUCAAUUUCAACAAUUUGCAGGUGAACUUUGACCUAACACCCUACGCAUGUGCAGACAUCCCGUUCUUCUGUGUGAGACUCAGCAGAAACCAAUUUUCCAACCCGGAAUACACUCUUUCUGGAUCCUCGGCCAACUCUUUAGUGAGCUGCAAGAGCGUUCCUUGUAACGAUCGUGACCCCUGCGAAAACCACCAAUGUGUUAAUGGAGCCACUUGCGUGGAGUCAGGAUUGAAUUAUGUAUGCACUUGUGCACCUGGUUGGACUGGUACAAACUGUCAAACCCCAAUCAACCUUUGUGCAAGCAACCCCUGUGCUAAUGGAGGAACCUGUCAGAACUUCCAAACAUUUUUCACAUGUACAUGUCCCCUUGGAUGGGAGGGUGAUCAAUGUCAGAUAAGUGAUACUGGUGUUAUAAUGCAGUUUGUGCGGCUGCUGAUCAACUCUGGUGUGGUGCGCCAGGCUACCGCAUUCAAUUUCCUCAACGUUGAUGUUGAGCUGAACAGCAACCCAGCGGGGGACGAUGCCACAGGAUCAGGACUGUGGCAGGUUACCAUUUACCCCAGUACCUCUCUCAAUGGUCUUGGGACACCCCCAGCUCCUGGGAUCACCCCCUUCCUGAAUUUUGAGCAGUCAGGGGUUGAUCUUGUGUCAGGUGGUCAGGCUACGAUCGAAGGUGUCAGCCUUAACCUGGAUUUGGCAAACUUGUCCUGCUCAGACUUUCCUUAUCUCUGUGUAAGGGUCGCUAAAGGGCAGAACCCAAACCCAAAUUUCUUACUUGGAGGGACUUUGAUCGGCUGUUCACCUUCUAACUGUAGAGGAGUAAAUAUAACAUCGCUUGAUCUGACGCUUCUGUCUGGAUUCCUUCCUGAUGAGAACAGUGCAACGAACCCCAUGCAAUUCAGCCUAUCAUUUUUCAGCGAUCCCUCAGGUGGAAGUGCAACAGGAACUAACUUGUGGUCUAUUAACACCUUUGUCAGCAACCAGCCCGAUGGUUCAGGUCCCCGGCUGAGCCUGAGGACCAACGUCCCCCUCACCGCCAUCCAGGGGUCUGUUCCAGCAGUCUCAGGACAGCGGAGACAGAUCCAGAACGUGGGCACCAAUGCUGACCUGACCAAUGUGGACUGCAGCGAGUUCCAAUACUUCUGUGCAGAGCUCACCAAGGGUGCGAACCCCAGCUUGGAUUUCGUCGUAGUCCCUCAAAGCAGUUUAUCCUGUGUGAAUAUUAACUGCAAUGGUGUGACUAUCAACACCAUCUUUGCAAGCAUCAGCAACGGAUUCCCUGUGACCAGUGGCCAGGUCAAUCCCAUAACCUUUGACCUCACCGCAACGGCUGUCCCGGCCUCUGCCAGCAUCAACGGUGACAACCUCUGGCAAAUCCAAGUCUACACUACCAACGUCAACAAUGGUGACCCGCCCAGUGGCUCGUCACAACUGCUGGCCAUACUGCCUGGAAACCAGGCCAGCUUAGACUUGGUGGGAGGAGGUACUCUGCAGUUCACCAAUAUACAGGGGCAAGUGGACCUGACAAACGUACAGUGUACUCCAAACACCUACAUCUGCUUUGAUCUUCAAGAGAAUCCUGCAGCAUCCGUGCCUUUCACCCUUGGUGGACAAACCAGAUUCUGCCAACUCCUACAGUGUGAGGCCCCAUCACCGUGUGCAUCCAAUCCAUGUAUUAAUGGCGGUACAUGUAUUGAGCAGGGAGAUGGAUUCAUCUGUAAUUGUCCCGAUGCUUGGGUUGGAAUCCGAUGUCAAACAGUUAAUCCCUGUUUUCCAAACAACUGUCUUAACGGAGGUAUGUGUAUUCCGGAGGAUGAUGGGACAUUCCAAUGUGUGUGUGUCAAUGGCUACACAGGUUUCUUGUGUACUAUACCUCCAGAUCCAUGUAAUUCUUUGCCUUGUUCCAAUGGUGGGACUUGCAGUCGCAUAGGACAAAGCACCUAUUUCCUGUGUAACUGUCCGGUCGGUUACAGUGGUGCUACUUGCUUGAGCAGAGAUCGAUGCAUACUAGAGUCUCCUUGUCUGAAUGGAGCAACAUGUCUUCCUGAUAUCAACUUGGCAACCUACCAGUGUAUCUGUCAACAGGGAUUUAAGGGCGUCAAUUGCCAGUUCCCUGAUAUCUGCUUUCCGAACCCAUGCCAGAACCAAGGUACAUGUUCUUCUGAUGCUUCUGGACAGAGUUAUACCUGUAACUGCCCUGCUGGAUUCCAAGGGUUGAACUGCCAAACUGUAGAUUUGUGUUUUGCGAGCCCAUGUUCAAAUGGGGGAACGUGUAUAUUGCAGGGUGAUACAAGGUUUUGUCAGUGCUUGCCCCAAUACAGUGGAGACCGUUGCCAAUUCAAUAAUCCAUGUCUGCCUAACCCUUGUGCAAAUGGAGGGACAUGUACGCUAGAUUCAUCAGGGCAGUUGCCUAUUUGCCAAUGUCUUCAAAGUUUUACUGGGCCGAGCUGUAGUGUUCCAAACCCUUGUGUGAAUAACCCUUGUCAGAAUGGAGGAAUCUGUCAACCUUCACUUUCUGGUGCUUCCUAUACCUGUGACUGUAAUGACCUUCUCUGGACAGGACUCAACUGCAACACAGCAGUUAUCUGUGUAGUACUUCCUUGUCUUAAUGGAGGUACCUGUAUCCCAUCUCUUGAUGGAACAACCUUUUCAUGUCAGUGUCCUGUCGGGUAUGGAGGAAACCUGUGCAGCAUAAGUCUGCCAUGCAACUCCAACCCCUGCUCUAAUGGAGGAACAUGUUUCAGUGAUGGCAAUACAUUCAGUUGCGCUUGUCCUUCGGGUUUCCUGGGUGACAGGUGUGAUAUUUCAAAUCCUUGUCAGCCGAACCCCUGUGUAAACGGAGGUGUAUGUGGCGUUACAUCACAGGGCCUUCAGUUCACCUGUACUUGCCCCAGCUCAAGAUACUUUGGUCCAACGUGUAAUUUACAAGAUGGUUGCAGUCCAGAAAAUCCAUGCCAAAAUCAAGGUGCCUGCAGUGCUACUGAUUUCUUGGGCAAUUAUAUUUGCACCUGCCCCCAAGGGUGGUCUGGUGUAAUUUGCCAAAUAUUAGAUCCCUGUGGCGUAAACCCUUGCCUGUUUGGUGGGCAGUGUUUUGAUGAUCCUUCGCGAGCAAGUGGAUUCAGAUGCGUGUGUACAUCUGGAUACACAGGAGAAACAUGUAACCUGAUUGACCUUUGCAGUGCAACGCCCUGCUACAAUGGAGGAACAUGUACGUUAAUGAGUGGAAGCAAUGACUAUGACUGUACCUGCUUGGAAGGGUACUAUGGAGACCAGUGUCACUUGCGUCAUCCAUGCAAUCCCAACCCUUGUCUAAAUGGUGGUGUGUGUAAUUCCAAUACAAACACCGAACCAGCCACUUACACAUGUACAUGCUUGACAGACUUCACUGGUACUAACUGUGAAACCAAUGAGCUGAUUUGUCCCAUUCCAAGUCAAUUGAAGUGUUCGAACGGUGAUUGUGUCGAUGGACAGCGCUGCAACAUUUUUGUGGAUUGCCCAGAUGACUCAGAUGAAACAAGCUGCCCCUUCCCAUGUCAAAGUGGAAUGUUCCAGUGUACCUCCAUCCUGCGGUGUAUCUCCUCAUUGCUUGUCUGUGACGGGAUAAACCAUUGCCAGGACGGGUCGGAUGAGGGACAAGUUUGUAAGUAUUUGUCAGUUCUUUUUUUAAAAUACAUCCUUAAUGAAUAUCCUAAUCACUUUCAGAAAUCAUCUAUGUCAUGUUUUAAAUUGUUUUGAUGUCAUUUGGGACAUCGUUUACCCAAGGGUGGGGGGGGGGGAUCAAUGUUUGUUGUCCCUUCAAUCAUACCCAAAUUACAGUAUAAUCCUAGCUGUUGGUUCAUGUACGUCAGACAUCACAUUUGAAUAUAAAAAGCAAAUCCAAUCUUAUCAGGUUUCACAAAAAUGGAAGGGAAAAUGUAGCGUUAUACCAUUUCAUGAAUGGAAAAAUAAUUGUACAAAAGGCUGAUGAUGGACUUACUUCCAAUGGGGUGAAUAUAAAAAGGUUUAAACUGGUAAUGAGUCAAAUUCUAGCUUUCAGAGGCAUGUUGCAAAAGAGUUGCAUUAAAAUGUAAGUUUACUUUGGACCAAUCAGACGUGAGUAUUAGUGACAUGUGAUUGAGUUGUGUUUAAUUACAGCUCUUCCUGCAAUGGGACCCAGAUGUAAAAUCAUACAUCAGGGAGCAUUUCAUGCAACAAAUAAUCACUGAUAUUCAAUGAAAACCAUUAUAAGCUACUUAAAUCAUUGCAUCUGAUUGGCUCAGGGUGACUUUGUCAGGGUAAAUCAUUUACAAAAAUGCUUAAUGAAACAUUUAGUAGAAAAAAGAAAGGAAAAUAAAGAAGAAGAAUUUGAAUUUCCACAAAGAAGAAACUGUCAUGCUUCUUUUUGAGGAUGAGAAUUUUCCCAUCAUGUGGUAAUUAAAAAUGGGUGUAGCAACUGAUAAAUGCAGAAAUACUUGUAUUUUGACUCAAAUACAUGUACCAGCUUUCAGAUGAUGUACAUAUAACAUAGAUUUUGAAUUUUAAAAAUAGCAAAUACGUCUUUUCAGGAUAGAAAAGAGAAGGGUAUACAAAGAAGUAGUAUCAGUUCCAAAUAGUAAAAGAAUUCCAUGCUUCGGGUGAAAUGAUAUUUUCUCACCAUGUGGUAAUUGUAAAUAGGUGUGGCAACAGAAAAUUAGACAUAUUACAACUUAAAUCCUAGCUUACAGAUGUUGUAAUGUAGAUUUAAAAAAAAAAGGUGCAAAUCAAGAGUCUUGUCAGGAG